CAAGCCGCGGAGGCAGUCACGGCAGUCACGCAGUCCAACACAAUCACAACAAGUCACUCUUAAGUCUGAACUGCCCCCAGACUAACUCAGACCAACCCAGACCGCAAGUCAAUCUUCUUUGCUCGUCUCGACCUUUUGCACUAGACUUGCAGAGCAUAUCAUCUUUCACCAUGUUGAUCGAGGAAUCAUACAAAGAUGUGGCCACCACAGCUGAUGGACAGGGCUCAAUGCGUAUAUUCCUCUUCCAUCCAGUCAUCCAUGGCUACCCUCAGGCGAAAUUCCCAGGCGUCGUCGUCUUCUCAGAGAUUUAUCAAGUGACCGGUCCAGUUUCCCGUUUUGCUCGACAGAUCGCAGGUCAAGGCUACAUCGUCGCCGCUCCUAGUUCCUACCACGAAUUCACUGGCCCCGAGCCCUUGGCAUACGAUGUUCCAGGCACUGAUGCUGGCAACGACUGGAAGAUCAAGAAAAAGGUGGCCGCAUAUGACGAAGACUCCCAGCUGGCAGUGUCAUUUCUGCUCGGCCUGAAGACUUGCAGUGGAAAAGUAGGAGCCACAGGCAUGUGCUUGGGUGGCCAUCUGGCCUACCGCGCCUCCCUGGAUCCUCGCGUCCAAGCCGCAGUCUGCUUCUUUGCGACCGACAUCCAUAGUUCUACCCUUGGCCUAGGCAAGAAUGAUGACAGCCUUAAGAGAGCGGGCGAUAUUAAGGGCGAGCUACUCAUGAUCUUUGGCAAGAGUGACAAUCAUGUCCCACCAGAAGGACGCGAUCUUAUCCGUAAGACCCUCCACGAUAUCGGCGUCAACUUUUCCUUUUACGAGGUAUCUGGGGCGCAACAUGCCUUUAUCCGCGAUGAGUUGAGCAAGGGGCGCUAUGAUCCAGCCAUCACCAAGGUGUGCUUUGAAAUGUUACUGGAGCUUUUUGGAAGACGCCUAAAACUCGAUCUUGGAGAACCCAGUGGUGAGAAGCUGGUCAUCGAGGAUGUGUGCUGAUAUGCUCCAUCACUACCGGGCCAUAGAUUAUAUACACCCAAAACGUAGAACCUGCACCUCCUAAGCAUUGGAGAUCUCAGCCUUUCUUUCACAAUUUAGCC